CUCUUUCUCUCCCCAACUCCCUCAUCAUGGCCGACCCCUCCAAAUCCCCCGUGUUCCUGAACACGAUCUUCGAUGAAGGAGUGCGCGAUCAGUUCGAUCCCAUCCAUUUGACCGAUCCCGAGAUCCUCCCCAUCUUGCAGUUGCCUCUGGCCGGCACGCUGCUCGGCCAUGAUUCACCGGAAGAUGCCCUGAGCCGAGUGUCGCGCGGCGAAAUCUCCUUCACCCAAUUCGUGGCCGACAAAGCCCAGGCGACUUCCCAGCCGCAAGACCGUUCUCAAUUGCUUCAUAUCGGCGUGGCUGCUCUCUUCAGCUUCCUUCAGUCUAACGUCACAGGGCCUCCCCUCGAAUUCAGCCCCGCCGAAGUCAUCCUCCCGCUCGGCCUGCGAUCCGAUCCGACAGUCCUACAAAAUGUCCGCGCUCACAUCAUCCGCGAACUCUCCGUCGACGGAGAAGCCGCAUACAAACUCACUCCCAAUGUCGAGCUGUUCGCCGUUGCGAAGGCCCUCUUGGCCGACUCUGACGUCUUGUUCACGAACCCCCCGCUCGUCGCACGAACCGCAAGAAUGCGAGUGAACUUCCUCCACCAGAAGAUGCUGUCAGAAGUGACUGGAAAGCUCCAAGAUGCCAUCUAUGAGGAUCUGGAGAAGAUCAGCCAGGUCGUGCUUCCCAACACAACCUCGACCGAGGCGAAGGGACGAUUCUUACUGGAACGGGCAACCAUCCACACCCACCACGGCUACGAUGCCAAGGCUAGGGCCGACCUGGAGCAAGCUGCCGCUGUGCGGAAUUUCGAGUUCGCUCUGACGGGUAGAAUGGGCAAGCGGACCAAGUUCCAGGACCGCGACAUCAGUCAGUUGGUCAUCUUGGCCAAAAGUGCUAAUGAAGCCUCGAAUGCCCCGAUCAGCGCGGAGAAGGAAGACUCGAAGCCGAAGAACCUAGACCUCAACGAUGAUACCCUCCUUGAAUCCAUUUCAUUCUCCAAGUCCGACAGCCAGGAGCAGGACAAGCCCGUGACCGUCCAGGAUGAGUCCGAUCUUUCGCCGUCAUUGGCAUCUCUGGACCCUGGCAACCAACCCAUCCUGAACCCCAUCGACUCUUCGAUCCUUCUCGCAGUCGCCUCCGCCAUUACCAACACCACCCCGGAGAACGGAUUGACCCGAGAGGAAACUCAGCCGUAUGCUACGCGUGUUCUCGAGGGUGGUAGCUCUAACUGGCAGAUCUACACCCAGGCGCUUCUCCUGAGAAGUCGCAUCGAGGGCUACCGCGCUCGAACGGUGGAGCGAUCUGUGUUGCAGAUGCAGGCUCUGGUUGAUCAGGUCAUCGCCGAUACCGCCACUCCCGACACCCAGGCUACAGGUUCCGUGGAGCAGCCCACUACCUUCCUUCCGAGACCCGAACAGUCCGAAUCGGCCACCGCCGCCGAGCGACUUGAAUACAUCUGGAUUCUUAAUUUCUCCACCCGCUGGAAUCUUGAGUCUGAACUGGCCAAGCGAUGGGUCGAGCUGGGCGCACUGAGGACCGCGUUGGAAAUCUAUGAGCGCCUGCAGAUGUGGGCCGAAGCUGCACUCUGCUACGCCGCUACCGAGAGAGAGGCCAAGGCGAAGUCCAUGGUUCGCAGACAGCUCUAUGAACCCAUCGACAAGGAGGCGGAUGACGAGAACGAAAAGUUCGAAGGUCCGGAACGAUCUCCUCUCCCGGCCGAUGCUCCCCGCCUAUUCUGCAUUCUGGGAGACAUCGACACCGACCCCGCCAUGUACGAGCGCGCCUGGGAAGUUUCCGGUCACAGGUACGCCCGGGCGCAGCGUUCUCUGGCGCGUCACUACCUCACCAUGAAGCCACCUGCCCUGGAGAAGGCCGAGGAGGCCUAUCGCAAGAGUCUGCACAUCAACCGUUUGAACCACAGCGCGUGGUUUGCUCUGGGCUGUGUGCAACUUGAGUUGCAGCGCUGGGAGGACGCCAUCGACUCGUUCACCCGGACCGUUCAAAUCGACGACACCGAUGCCGAAGCAUGGAGCAAUCUCGCCGCAGCCAUACUCCGAUCACCCCAGCCCGACGAAGACACCACCCCCGCCGCCGCCGCGAUUGUGCCGAAACUACCCGACGAGGACGAGGAAGUCGACGAGAACGCCCAAAAGGCACCGGAGACUCCAUGGAAGCGGAAGCGGGAGGCCCUCGCGGCGCUGCAUCGAGCCGCAUCGCUCAAACAUACCGACGCGCGGAUCUGGGAUAACGUCCUCACCGUCGCCGCUUCGAUUCCCCCGCCGUUCACCCCCUUCCGGGACGCGGUCAUGGCCCAAAGACGACUCAUCGAGCUUCUUGGGGCUAAGAACGGCGAGAAGUGCGUCGAUAUCCCCAUCCUGGGCAUGCUCGUGGACCACCUCGUGACGGCGUAUGAUUACGACAAGCUGUUGAUUCACGUCAACGCCGGCAGCGACGCGGCACCGGAAUACGUCGUCCGCAGCGGUACCGUUCCGGGUCAGAUCCUGUCUCUCAUCGACGACUCCGUCGUGCCUUUGAUCACCCACUCCGCCCCCCUGUGGCUUUUGGUCUCGCGCGUGGAACAGUUCCGCGAACAGCCGUCCAAGGCAUUCGAAGCCCACGAGAAGGCCUGGCGCGCCACCGUCGCCUCGUCCACGCAGGGUGCGUUCCAGAUGGGCGACGAGAAGAAGUGGAUGGACGUCGUGCGGGCCACCGAAAAGCUGGUCCGCAACGGAUACGCCAAGUACGGACCCAUGGACAAGGAAGGCCAGGGCGAUGUCGAGGAGCCCGAGCAGGUGGCCAAGGACUGGCGGUUCAAGUCGCGCAGCGCCGUCCGAGGCAUCCUCGGAAAGGGCAAGGAUUUCUGGGAGGAUACCGAGGGAUGGACGCGUCUGAAGGAGCUGCAGAGCGAGGUUGGAAGUUCAUAGGAGCGGUCAUCUAGAUACCGCAACGUUUAGACGAUGUAUGCAUUUACGUUGAAUGAUAUGCAAUGAAAUUUUU